CGGCGAUUGAACAGCAGAACUGUCUCUUUAAGAGACACCCGGCCGGAAGCUGCGAAUGCGCGCGCACUUUGACGACGAGGAAGAAAACAGAGAACAGCGUGAAACAUUACCUGAGACGUCACGGGCAGCAUUCAGAUGAUGGCAGUUCAAAUGCUGACGGUUGGAGGAGAUGUGCUGGUGUUCCAGUGCAAGACCGUAAGCUCCAGAAGCCGAGAUCAGCGUCGAGGCUCAGAGGUCACUUUCUACAGCUUGACCUUUAACCCUGACACUCGGAGCUUCUUCAGGAAAGAUCACACCAUGUACCCGCUGCACAGAGACGGCUCUGCUGAAUCACACAUCGUUCACUGUUCCUGCGCUCUGGAUGUUGGACAGAGAAGAAAAGUGCCGUGCGUUCUGCUCAGACUGUGCCGGAAGAGAUCGUCUGCUUUCAAAUACACGCUGUACUCUGUAAACAGUCUCACAGAUGCCAAGCUUCGUGUGGACUUUGUGUUGCCAUAUGAGAUGAGAGAGAAUAUUUCGAUAGUACAAGGCCCUACGCUGGUGUGGUGUCAUGAAAACACAGUCUGCUACGUAUGUUCACAGACUCCUGGAGUGAAGGAGCUUCCCGUACCCAUGACUGUUAGGUUUAUCGGGGGAUUGCCUCUCCGUCUGAGGAAACUGGUGGUUCUGGGGAGCCCAGUUGUGUCUAAAGAAGGCCUGAAUGAAUCGCUCAGUGUCACGGGGUUGAAGAACACGCUGUACUUCAUGGAAGAUGAGAGAACUUUAACUGGAGACUGUCUGGUACCCGAUGCCUACAGUUCUGUGAUUCAGUGCAUGGCCGUGUUGUCGGCUGAUGAGAUGGGCGGUUCUGUGCGAUCUGCUGUGCUGGUGGCCACGAGCAUGAAGCAGCUGGUGUAUUUUGAGAACGCUGUUCCUCUGGAUGUUUGUCUUCUGCCGUACGAGCAUCCUCAGAGCAUCCGGACGCUUCACACUGUCAGAAACGAUCUCUUCAUCAUCACCUUCAGUCAGGGGAACGUCUGUGCCGUGUGGAAAGACUCGUUCCAGGUGGGCUGCUGUUGGACUGAUGUGCGUGUGCCGCUGGUGGAUGAUUUUCUGGGAUGCGGGACGGAUCAGAUCCUCCUCGUGUUUGAAGAGCCGAGGUCUUCUGGAGAGUUGCUUAGCAACUUCCUCCUCACCGAUCUGUGUGGCAUCACAUAUUCGUGUGGACGAGCAGACAGCGAUGUCUCGAGUGCGUCAGACACAGCGCAGGAACACCACCUGCUCACCGUCAGAGCUUUAGAGUCCAGACUACAGAGCGGUCUGAACUUUCUUGAGGAUCUUCAGAGGGAUGUAGAUGUUAAAGACAGACUCUUACAUCAUGUGUUAGUGGCUUUGACUGAUCUGACAUCAGGCAGAAAACAUGCGAUCUCCUCUCCAGCACAGGAGGGUCUUGUGUCUCUGUGGGAUGAAGAUGAGGAUGAUGAGGUGCACGUCUCUGAUGAACAGAUGCCGACUGAACGUGACGAAGCUCCAGUGAAGGUGCUCAGAGUUUGGCAGAGAGUCAUCGGGGAGAGUUUGGUCUGUGGCAUCGUCAUGGCAACCACAAAUGACACGUGUGUAAGGAACAUGAGCGCUUCAGUGUUAGCAGAAUGUCCUGUAGCCGUGAAGAGCAGGAGUUUCAUGCAGCGCAGCUCCACAUCAGACGCGAGCGAGCGCUGUCAUCCACCGCCUGAGAAGAACAUCAGACAUUCUGCGGACAUCAUCAUCACAUCAACAUUCACUCUACUGACAGUCACUGAUCUCAAUCCAUUAUUCACCUCCAGCAGUGGCACAUAUCCCAUCAUACUCCAUUACUGCACACUGACCUCAGCUCGAGUCUCUCAUCACUGCGGACAGAUCUCAGUGGACAUCAAAGAUCUUCACACGGGGAAGAUGAAGCCACGGCUUCCACAGGACACUAAGCUCAAUACAGAAUCCAGAGAUGAUCAUCUCAGUCUGAUGGCCAUGAUGGACUCGUGGUGUUUUCUCAUCGAUGGCUGUGAUCACACGCUGGCUGAUGUUCAGGGUUGGUUGCGGGAUGAGCUGCACGCUGAGCGACUGGAGGCGGAGCCAAACUACGCCGCACCCCCUUCUGCUCUACUGCUCUUUCAUUGGGUGCGGAAAACACCUUUCCAGGGGCUCUUAACAGUACACUACAGAGACGAGCUGGAUUUGCUGAGGUUUCUGAACUCACUGUGUGAUUUUCUGCCUGCAUCGCAUCACGUGAAGCUGGUCGGGACCCCGAGGUCUCACGGACGUUGUGGAGGUCUGUCACAGACUUUAGAGGCGGAGCUACAGAGCAUCACACAGGCCGUGUCUUCUGUUCUUCAGUGUGAGGAGAGAGGAGUAAAGAGGUGCUCCUCAGACACCUCCUCUGAGACCCUGCAGAGAUUAAGAGAGGAGCGGCAGACAGAGAUGGAGAGGUACAAUAGAAGACUGCGACCCCUGGUGGACGCCGCGCGCUACUGCAGACUCAUGGAGAGCUUGAUUCGCACGCAGAUGAACGGUGAUGUAGUCGCUCUGAGAGAAGCACAGACAGAUUUCCCCCGUCUGUAGAUUGAGGGUGAGACGAUCCGUCCUGGAGUAGCGAUAUGAAGUUUAUGUCUGAUAAUCUUCAUCUGCGUUGCAACUUUUAAAUCUCAUGUCAGAGUCACAAACUAACUAAGAUGCAAGAGACCAGUUUCAUUCUGUCAUCAUUUAUUCUCUCUCGUGUGUUUGUACAUCUGUAUGCGAGUCUUUCUGCAGUGAAACACAAAAGAAGAUAUUUUGAGAAAUGCCUCAGUGGUUUUGUGUUCAUCAGUGGGGUUCAGUGUUGUUUGAUGGUCAACAUUCUUCAAAAUAUCUUCUUUUGUGUUCUAAAGAAGAAAGACUCAAACAGGUUUGACGUCAGGACAAGGGAGAGUAAACGAUGACAGAAUUCUCAUUUUUUGCUGAACUGUGCCUUUACAAAGACUUCGAUCUCAUGAAAUGUGUUAAACUUCUCUCUUCGUGUUCCUCAGAGAAGAUGUUUGAAGGUUUUUAUUUUCACAGGGGAAAACGACGCGUGAAAAGUUUGUCCUCACUGGCGUCUUUCAGUUUUCAUGGGUUUUCAUGAGCUUCAGCGGACUCCUCCCGAGACUCUUUUAAUGUUUCUGUGACAUUUCUACAUGAAACACUUAAGCUUCUCUCAUUCUCAGAGGUCUCCCUGUGCGUCGUCGUCUUCAGAGAAACACGUGUUUUCUGUUCAGCCCUGCAGAGAAACCAGCUUUACCUUCCUUCAGUUUAACAAACUCCACCGCCAGCAUUAACAUCAACGUUUGUGGAAAACCUUUUUCAUUUCCGCUCUGCUGCUCUUGGUCAGAGAAAUGAGAUUCAAUUAAAUCUGAAGGUUUUCCUUACGAAAACAUGUCUGUUUUUUAGUCUUUUUUAUUACAAGUAUGCCGUUAUAUUUUGCAAACAGAACAUGAAAACUUUAUUUGUUCUAGUAAUAUUUAAGAUCGUUUUUUUCAUGACAGUUUAAUUACUCACCCCGUGUGAAGCUUUCCCAUGGAUUUAUUCCAGAAACACGUUUUUUGGGUGUAUUGAUCACAGUUUGUAUAACCACAGUUUUGCAAAUACCAUGGUACAGCUAGGGUUACUAUGGUAAAACCAUGGUUAAUGUGUGGUUACCAUGAUACUGUCAAGAAAAAUGUUGGGUCAACUUAAAGUGACAGUUCACCUAGAAAUUAUAAUUCUGUCACCAUUUAGUUGUUCUAAACCUGUAUAAAUGUCUU